CGUAAACCCUACUGAAAUUUUCAAAUCUCCUUUCCUCUCUUUCGUUUCCAGAACUCUCUCGUUGGCUCCCUCUAGCCUUUCCUUUUCCUCCGUCGUAACACUGAUCUCACUCUCUUAUCAGAUCUAUACCUCUCAAAAAUGGCGGCCGCAUCGAGACCCCGCGCAUCCAAGGCGGAGUCCUUCGUCGACAACAAACGCAAGGAAGACAUCCGAUCCGCGAACAUCAACGCCGGCCGCGCCGUCGCCGACGCCGUCCGCACGAGCCUCGGCCCCAAGGGGAUGGACAAGAUGAUCUCCACCGCGAGCGGCGAGGUCAUCAUCACCAACGACGGAGCCACGAUCCUCAACAAAAUGGACGUCUUACAGCCGGCGGCGAAGAUGAUGGUGGAGCUUUCCAAAUCUCAAGAUUCCGCCGCCGGAGACGGGACCACCACCGUCGUCGUACUCGCCGGAGCCUUGCUGAGAGUGUGCCAAUCGCUCUUAGCUUCCGGGAUCCACCCUACCGUGAUCUCAGAUGCGCUUCACAAGUCUUGCUAUAAAUCCGUUGAUAUCUUAACCGCCAUGGCCGUACCUGUGGAGCUCACUGAUAAAGACUCUCUCGUGAAAUCGGCGAGCACGUCGCUGAACAGUAAGGUUGUUAGCCAGUACUCUACAUUGCUCGCUCCUUUAGCUGUAGAUGCGGUUCUCUCCGUGAUUGAUCCGGAGAAGCCGGAGAUUGUUGAUUUGCGUGAUAUCAAGAUUGUUAAGAAGCUUGGUGGGACUGUUGACGAUACACACACGGUGAAUGGUUUGGUCUUUGACAAGAAGGUUAGCCACGCUGCUGGUGGACCUACGAGGAUGGAGAAUGCUAAUAUUGCUGUGAUUCAGUUCCAGAUCUCGCCUCCCAAGACUGAUAUCGAGCAGAGUAUUGUUGUCUCUGAUUACACUCAGAUGGAUAGGAUCUUGAAAGAAGAGAGGAACUACAUCUUGGGGAUGAUUAAGAAGAUUAAAGCGACUGGUUGCAAUGUGUUGCUGAUUCAGAAGAGUAUUUUGAGAGACGCUGUGACUGAUCUGUCUCUUCACUAUUUGGCUAAAGCUAAGAUUAUGGUGAUUAAGGAUGUGGAGAGGGAUGAGAUUGAGUUUGUUACCAAGACGUUGAACUGUUUGCCGAUUGCUAAUAUUGAGCAUUUCAGAGCUGAGAAGCUUGGCCAUGCUGAUCUUGUUGAAGAAGCCUCGCUUGGAGAUGGGAAGAUUUUGAAGAUCACUGGGAUUAAAGAUAUGGGGAGGACCACCUCUGUUCUUGUCCGUGGCUCCAACCAGCUUGUUCUAGAUGAAGCCGAGAGGAGUCUACACGAUGCUUUGUGUGUGGUCAGGUGUUUGGUGAGCAAGAGGUUUUUGAUUGCAGGAGGUGGUGCGCCUGAGAUUGAGCUCUCGAGGCAGCUAGGUGCUUGGGCUAAGGUGCUCCAUGGGAUGGAAGGUUACUGUGUGAAGUCUUUCGCGGAAGCCCUCGAGGUUAUUCCUUACACGCUGGCUGAGAAUGCGGGUUUGAAUCCUAUUGCCAUUGUGACUGAGCUUAGGAACAAGCAUGCUCAAGGGGAAAUCAACGCUGGGAUCAAUGUGAGAAAAGGGCAGAUCACUAACAUCUUGGAGGAGAAUGUUGUGCAGCCUCUGCUUGUGAGCACCAGCGCUAUCACUCUGGCCACUGAAUGCGUAAGGAUGAUUUUGAAGAUCGAUGACAUUGUUACUGUGAGGUAGUGUGGUAGUUUCAUUCAAAACGGUUCUCUUAUUGCUCUAUCUAAGCUUUGUUUCUAUUUCGUGUUUUGGUGUUUUUUCGUAAUGGUUGUUGAACUUAGACCCUCUUUUCUUUCACCUAAGUGGUUUUCUUUGUGGUUUAGUGCUAAGUUUAUUUGUUUUCUUUCUAUUGACUUGAUAUCAAGAUUUCUCGUUUUGCUUA